GGCCCCAGCCGCCAUUCUGUGGGCGGGACGUGCCUGGCCGCCAUUUUGUGGGGCGGGGCGGUCGUAUGCCCUGCGCGGCGGUGGCGGCGGCAGCGCGGGAGCCAUGGGUCUCGGGCAGAACUCCGCCGCGAGGGUUGAAUGGAUUGCUGCGGUCUCCUUGGCAGCUGGAGCAGCUGCUGUGGGGUAUCUAGCUUACAGAAAAUUUCUCUCUAAAGACAAAUGCUGCAAAGCGAUGGUGAAUCCCCAUAUCCAGAAGGAUAACCCCAAGGUAGUCCAUGCAUUUGAUGUGGAAGAUCUGGGAGACAAGGCUGUCUACUGUCGUUGUUGGAGAUCUAAGAAGUUCCCGCUGUGUGAUGGCUCUCACACAAAGCACAACGAGGAAACUGGCGACAACGUUGGGCCUCUGAUCAUCAAGAGGAAGGAGGCAUAGAGUGGACAGUAGAAGCUACAAAAUGAAUGUCUGACAAAUCCUCUGCUCACUUGUAAUGGGGGGAAAAACCACAAAUACUUUGUCGUAUCACUGCAGACUUUCCAGUGUAGCAUAUACAUCAGGCUUUGGCUAUGUAUUCUCUCUGGUCCUUGUCUUGUUUUAAUCACUACAAAGCAUAAUUUACUAAAUAGUCAUGGUUUAAAUUUUUUGUCCUGUAAAGUGUGUGUACCCUCUCAUUGAGUAUGAAACUAAAAUGACGCACAGAAUAUAUUUCAGUAGAAUAGGUAUUAAAGUAUUUUCAAAUAGAUGUGCAUUACUCUGAGGCCAUUUGAUAGAAAAUGUGUUCAGAAGGUAGAUCUUAAUAUUCUGGAGAGAUUUUAAAGUCACAGGUCUGGAAAGAGUUCUGUGUAAAAGGCAGCAGCAGGAAAGAAAUCCUGGUGCUGAAAUGCAGCUUAACUUCUGCUUGUGCUACUUUUUCUGCAGGCGUCACGUUUGGCCUAUAACACUGCCGUUCUGAGGGGCUUCUGUAGAAGAACAAAUUUGAAAUAGCAACUAUGAACAGAGAACAUAAGAGGCUCAUAGCAGGGUGGGGCUAGCGGGCAACUUUGCCGUCGAUUUUUCAGCGGUGUUGACCCUUGACCCUACUACUGUACGGCAUGAAGAACAUAAUGCCAGAGCUGCAGACCUGUAUUUAGAGUAGGAUUAGGAAGAUCGUCUCUGUGACAGAGCUUUCUUCAUAGACAGUGGAAUGAU